GGGGGGGACGGGAGGAGGAGGAGGAGGAGGAGCGGUUCCGGGUCGGUUGCCGUGGGGAUGAGCUCGCAGCGCGGCAACGCGGUGCGCAGGCGGCCGCAGCGCCACCAGAACACCUGGGCCUUCAGCAACCGCCGGCACGACGCCAGCAGCCGCCGCAAGAAAAUAAAUGCUAAGCUUCAUGAUGGAGUAUGUCAGCAUUGUAAAGAUAUUUUGGAGUGGCGGGUAAAAUUUAACAAGUACAAACUGCUAUCAAAACCUAAAAAAUGUGUGAAGUGCCUCCAGAAGGCUGUAAAAGAUCCUUACCAUAUUAUUUGUCGACCAUGUGCUUGUAAGCUGGAAAUUUGUGCCAAAUGUGGAAAGGAAGAAGAGAUUGUAAUUCCGAUUGAUAAAGGACAAGACAGAUCUGAGAGUAAGAAUACUGAAAAUGGCCAAGAGAGUGGAUCAGAGGAUGAACCUGAUUUUGACACAAACUUCAGUAGUACAGACAAUGAAGAAGAUGCUGAUGUGCUUGAAGAAAGAUUAAAAAAUAUGAAUUUUAAAAGGACAGAAGUCUAAAAAGUUGAGUUUCUGUAAGAGACAGUAUGCAAUCAAAUGUGAUAGACUGUGUUUGCCUUAAACUUCUGCUCUGACAACUUGACCUGACAUGUAAGGUCUUCACAUAUAAAUGCUGGUACAGUGUAUUUUGACAGUUGCUGGGGGAGUUGUACAAAUAAAUAUUUUCUUGUAUUAAAGACAGAAUUUCUUGUGAAAUGACUCAGAAUGUGAAUAUUUUAAGUACAGUUAUUUUUUCUUAUAUGUAACAACUUCCUCUCGUGAACAAACCCUUGGUGUGAUUGUUCUAAAUUCAGUAUUAAAUGCCUGGUGCAUUGCCAUUUAGAAGGCUACAUGGAUGUUUGUAGUACGAAUAAAGAGCACUGUCAUAAAAAGGAAAAGCUAAGCAAUUUUAAUAUAUUUCUAAGGGAAGAACUUUAAUUUUUGGUCAAUAAGUUUCCAGACAGGGUCAUUACCCUAGAACAUACCAAGUGGCCGUUACUCUUACACCUGCUAUUUCUUUUCUGUGGAAAGAAAAGAGUGGCUAAAUGCCAUCACUAGGUGUGCAUUACAUAUUUGUGAUCUUACUACCAAUGUUUGGAAACGAAAAAAGCUCAAGACUUUUUGGAGUUUCUCAUACAAGUUUCACACUUUCUCUUCUUUGGAAUGUAGGUCUAAGUAGUUUGCUCCGAUACAAAAACACUUGGGUGUCAUGUAGUGAUUCUGGUAUAGAACUACAUUUACCUCUUUACUACAGGUAUUUUAACAUUAUGCAGCAAGGUAUUUUAUUACAGUCUUCCCGGUUUUCAGUUCUUUCUAGGGGUUAUUUCAAUGUAGACUAAGCUCUAAGGACUUAACUGAAAUUAACUUUUACUGCCUUCAGGGUGAUUUAAUUUCUUCUUUAUUAUCUGCUUCAUCUAUAAAUAAAGCAGAAGAAAUACUUCCUGGUGAUUACAUGGUCUGACCUAUGAACAGAUGACGAUAUACUAUGGAGUUUUUCCUGACCACGUAACAGCUAUCCAGCUUAUUUGGUGUUCUGUCUGCUUUGCAGGCAUAACAAAAAUUUGAUUCCCAAACUGGCCUCUUCAAAUGAGUUGUGAGGGACUUGGACUCUAGAGUGAGUUUUUGUUGGUGGUGGUUUUCCUCCCCAUCAAAUGAGGGAAAUCCUUAAACCUGUUUCUUUUGGGUGGAGAUAGCCACCCCGUGGCUGCUGUACUUACCCUUAACUGAGAAGAAAAUCUACUUACCAAGACUUACAAAGAUGUGGAGAGCUAAGACAUACAACAGUCAGUAUCCUAGAGUCUGUUCGGGUUGAAAUGACAGUAUUUAGUAUUGGCAUUGGUACACAACAGCAAAAUUCUUGUAAUUGGUUGUGGAGCAUAGAGCUCGUACUGUUUAUUAAUAACUGCUUAUAUGCUCGCUGCUACAGAUAAGAUCUUAAGCAUAAGCCUUUUCUUAUCUUGUAAUUAGGUUUGUCUUUCGUGUUUAUAUUCUUCAAUGACACAUUAAAACAUCCCAUUUACCUUUUCUA